UACAAAAACAGCAUUCCGAAAUAUUUUCAACCAUAUGUUUUGAAGGAAAAUGGCGCUAGUUCCGCAGGCACAACCGACUCCGACUGAAAUGUUUUUGUUGUGAUAUUCAAGCGGGGCUCGGGAUGUUUUCGCCAUAAUUACUUAACAAGUCGCAGAGUCAACAAUUUAACCAUGCAUUAAUAUCGUUGUGUUUAAACUGUAGAUACAUGUGCACAAUUAUUCAUGCAAAUUAAAUGAAAAAAUGGAUGGCAGUCGAAGGACGAAGCGGUACCGGGACGAAGUAUCGGAUAUGAACCUCACAUGAUUUAAGAUGUAUACAGCACAAAGUAGGCCUUCCAAGCAGCAGGAAUAUGUCUAUGGUGAAGAAGAAUAACCAUGUGUGGUGAAAUAUGAUAAAACAAUGUGAUUUUGACUGGAAUAUCAAUUUGGGGGGAUAGGUUUGUAUCAAGUAUUGUUAGUGUUUUAUUAAUGAGCAAUAUUUUAAAUCAAAAUGAGUGAAAAUCAGGACGUCAAGUCCAGACAUUCAAAGUCUGAUGAUGGUAGUAGCUCAAUUAUUGAUGAAGGCCAAUAUGACCAGGAUCAAGAUUUGAAAAAUCAGUCACAAUCAUCAAAAUUAACACCACCUGACCAAUCAGACCAGGAUAAAAUGACCACACCCCCUCAGGCUGAUAACAUGUUUACUUCACCAUCUGAGAGGAAUGAGGAUGAGAGCUUAGCUUUUAUCAAUGAACAGUUAAGCUUCCUGAAUGAAGCCAGUGGAGAACUUGCCACCACCAUUCACAGGUCUAACAAGCAGGUCAGACUGGAUAUUGCCAAAAAAAGCCGGGAUUCAGGUAUGAGAAGGAGGGAACUCUACAAAUCCCCAGCCAAACGUUUUGCCCAAAUUCAAGGACGAGGGGUUAAAAGGAGUCCUGGAAAGCUGACACUUAACCGACCCAAAGUUGCAAGGCAGAGCUUGGAGGUUCAGAGUGUAUCGGACCAAGUAAACAUGCUGGAUGACAAGGAUGAUGCAAAGGAUGAGGAUGAAAGUUCAGAUGAUGAUAAUAACUGGAUGAUCUUGGAGGAGUCUGAUACAGAUGCACCAAUAAAUGAAGCCCUUGAGGAAAAUGUGCUCCGAAGUAACCUCACAGCAUCCAAUGUUAAAAAACUUUUGCAUCAAGUCAUUACCAACGAACAUGUGGUGGCCAUGGUAAAGAACACCCUGCUUGCAGAGAAUGAGAAGGUUGAAGCUCACUAUGAACCCAAGAUGACGAGGUCAAAGGUCAAGCAUAUCAUACAAGAAGAGGGGGAUGUGCUGCAUCCUUGGCCACUGUCACCUCUGAAGAAAUCUAAACCCUCUGGGGCCAGCUUCCUGGAGGUGGAUUUUUCAGAUGAUGAGGAGGAGGAUGAUGAAUAUGAUCCAUCUAAAGAGCCUGAUCCUGUCAGUGAUGAGGACGCUGAGAGUAUGACAUCAUCCCAAGUCAGUGACACUGGCUCCCCAGCACCCUCCACUCCUAAAACUCCACGGUCCUGUGAUCGGCUGUCUGACUUCAGCAUCACCCCCACCAACAGGGAUGGGUGGAGUCCUAUGGGACCUCCAAGCCAGAAACACCUGUUAGGAAGAAAAUACCAGGAAGCUAUGGCAGCUUCAGACAAAACAGAGGAGGAAACUAUUGCCCUGAGAACAAGAUCGAAGCUGUCCUUAACGGAAACUACCCUUACAGAGCUUGAAUCUACAUUUGUGGCCCCUGACAUCACAGCGGACAUGUAUGACACGCAGUGUGAUGACAACGACUGGCAGACUUUCCUUACCUCACUGGUCAAACCUUGUGAAACAGAAGACACCAAUGAUGGCGGUGACGAGGAGGAUCCUGAGUACGACUACCUGGAGGAUGCGGCCAAGUCUCAGGUGGACAGGGAGGAUUUACGUUCUGACCGUGCCGUCCAGGUCUCAAAGCGGGAGAUGAACCAACUCAUGGACGAGCUGUUUGAUGUGUAUGAAGAUAUGGAACUUGAGGAAGCAGAGAAACAAAAGAUGAAGAAAAUGGCUAGAAACAACCUCAUUAAAUCACACAAGAAGGAGAGACGUGUUGUGACAGUUGUAACCUCAUCUGCCCCAGGUGCACUCAAAAUGACAGAAUCCGAACGACUGCAGGUUGAGGAUCAAAUGAGAAAGCAUGUGCAGUUACUUUCCCAGCAGUACGUGUUGUCACAGAGCUCCCAGGAGACUCACGGAUCGGUGGCUGCUGACUGUACCUUUCUGCUGAAGGAAAUCAAAUGUUUUGCGAGCAGUAGUUCACUGGUUACCCCUGACCGACGUUCUGCAUUUUAUGCCCAUAACCUGGAUGGGGCUUUGAGAUUGGUAUCAGAGACGAAGGAUUGGGGGCAGUGCCAACUCCCUGAGGGACGAAUACCUUCCCCAGAGAAGUCACUCACUAGCCUGCUGGCUAAACACUACACCAACCUCAGCAGCAACCAGAAGGACCGUAUACUGGAGGUGGUGGACAGUGAUCAAAAAGGUAGAGAUUUGAAUGACCCAGCUACCCUUCCCAGUCCGAAGUCUCCGUUGCCUGUGCUCACCAGACAACAAAAAGAGACAGUCUGGAACUCAGAUGUUUUCUUCUGCUCGAACCUCCUUCCGAUUGGCGGAUUUGACCUUUCUGUUCCCAAGGUCAAACAGCGGAUCACUUUCACAGAGGCUGAGGAUAAUUUAUUGGCCCUUGGCUACGAUCAGUUCUCUUCGUUUCCACUCCAUCGGGAGUUGAUACAGAAGUUUCUGCUACCGUGUAAAACACCGGAUCAAAUCAAAAUCAGAAUCAAGAACCUGUCAGCAAGCAAGAUUGGUGAUAAUGUUAUAAAGCAACUGAAACGCACAAAGCAACUGCCAGAGUUUCCCCAGUAUGGCCUUGACUGGGAAGAGAGUCUUAUGAAGGCCCCAAAGGAUCAACUUAUCAACAGAAAUUUCCCUUACUGGUGCAAGGAGAUGAAGAUUAAGGAGAUCAUUGGCACAAGUGGGGAAGUGAGUGUGGAUAGACCUAUGGUGGGGAGGAAGAGACGUGCUCGCAGUGUAAACCUGCCUAUUAGGACGAAAGAAAACAAAAGCAAGUCACAGCUGAAGAAGACGCGGUCUGCCCCGACCACGCCUGCGGAUCCUGACUUGGUAGAUAGCUUGUCCAUGAGUGCCAUCAUGAGUAAAACACAAGAUUCGUCAUUGGAUACAGAAUUCAAAACACUGAGCAGAGAUAUUGUAAUGGUCAAUAGCCCCCAGCCACGCUGGAAGAAGUCAUUACAACAGAGUGCCAGGAAAUCUCCAGUGCCUGGAUUUAUCUCCCUUGACCAGUGCUCAGGAUUAGACAAUGAUGGACAGCCUGCUAGUCCUAUAAACAUCCGUAUUCUUGACAGUGUCCCCAGCCCUGCAGGGAUACACAGUGUGGCAAGUCCUGCACACCCAACCCUAUCCAACCCUGGCACACCCAAGUCCCGUCAGGGUGUCCAGGAGCAGAUAACUCCGCACAAACCUGACUCUGUGAGGGCACUACCUGUGUCUCCCAUUGUGAUUGUGCAGGGCAAGCCCCCUGUUACCUGUGCCAAGCCCACUUUCCUGGUGGUCAACAGUGUGGGUAGUGUGUCAGUAGCUGGUCAGCGAAUAACUCCAGUCAAGACGGUCAGUUGCCGUGAUAGGGUAGUUCCAAGUGUUCUGGAAGCCAGAACAACAGGAGCCCUUGGAACCCCACCAAAGAGAACAGAAACACUGUCAAACAUUGUAGAACUUCCACUCUCUGGUGGUGGGAAACUUCUCAUAACGCCUCCUAAAAGGGAUUCUAAGCAAGAUGGCAACUUAAAAUCAAACCAAUCAUGCAUAGAUUCCCCUACAACAAUAAUAUCGCCUUCUGGACCACUCAGACAAAGUACACCAGAGAAUGUUCACAGCUCUCAAGAGUUGCUGGCUAAAGCACAUGGAAAUGUUACACCAGAAAAUGUUCGUCACUCUGAAGAAUCACCAGCCAAAUCAGCUCUGGAAAUCGUGGCAUCUUAUGCCCCUUUUAUUUAUUCUCCCCUCAAAUCAGACACCCUGUCUCCAGAAAAGUUCUCGGAACUUAUCCAAUUGUCACAGGAAAGAACUCCUACCAAGUCCUCUGCCUUUGUCCCCCGGUACCGCCCAGUGGCCCCAAAUCCGUUCUUUUCCUCCCCUACAAAGACUGUGUCACCAUUCCUUGGGAAGGACAAAAGUCCUCGUAGAAAACAGUUGGCCAAGAAAGCUCAGGCUAUUUGUCCAAAGGGGUUUGUAUUAAAGAAUUAUGUCUCGCCAUCGAAAAAGGCAGCAACAAACAUUGUUCACAGAGUUUUAAAGAGAAAUAUUCCAAAGAUUUUACCCAGAAACUCUCCAAGAAGUGAACUGCAAAUCAAAAUUCGGUCUCCUGAUUCCAGUAAAAAGAAAUCCAGCCAAUUUUCUGAUGAAGAGAAAGGUGAAUAUGAUAUGAUAGAAUCUGAGGAUCUGUCAGACGACAAUGACGAUGUUGUAAACAGUGAAAAGACAAGAGGAAAGAUAGGGAGGAGCGGAAAUAAGAGUAAUCAGAAGUCAAGACAGAAAGUGGCGCGGCCAGAAAGUGAUGACACUCAAAGUGAGAAUGAAGAUGGCAAUGAUUUAUAUGACAGUCAGAAUGAUGAUGAAGAGGAUUUAGAUGAUGAAGAUCACAUGGCUGAACUAAUGGCUGCCAGCUCCAGAAUAGGGUUUGCCCAGAAGAAGGGAGGGCUGAAAGAUAAAAAUAGGAGUAAAGCUCAGAAGAGGAAGGACUCUGCGCUAGCCAUGCUGGCUCCGGACCUACUGAACACUGACCCCCAGAAGGAUGAUCGGGACACGGCGUUCGCCCAGGCUUAUCUGUGUCGUGCUCGGGAGGUGCUGAAGACAGAUGAUGACACGUAUGAGGCAUUCCUUAAGUUGUUGUAUGACUUCGGCAAGAGUGACUUCUCCCCAGUCAAAUUAUACAAAGAGCUGCGUGUUGUGCUAAAGGAAUACCCUGACCUGGUGACAGACUUCGCAGGGUUUCUUCUUCCGGAGCAGGCUGUAGAAUGUGGCUGCUACAUGACGACACAGGAGUUCAUCCGAGCCAGAACCUUCCUUCGCAAACUUGAGGUUCACUUUCUCCGACAUCCAACUCAUUUCCAGAAGUGUCUCAAGGUCCUGUCCUCCUGGUCUCAGAAACACAACAAAAGUGCAGCAGAGCUUAAGGUUGCCCUAGAGCCUCUCCUAAAGGGACAGAUUCACCUCCUGCAGGAGUUAUCUCUCUUCUUUAAGGAUGAACAUCCUCCGGAAAGUUACCUGACAGACUAUGAGGAGAUAACUCUUGGUGAAAGUGAUGAGGAGGCAGAUUUUGAUGGAUUUGAGGAGGUGGAGUUACCAGAUGAGGAGGAUAUAAGUGGUACAAAGAAAUGUCAAUGUCGUUGCCAUAACAAUCCUGUUGACACCAACUAUUUCAAACGGAACAAGCACUGCUACUCCUGUUGCCUCAAGGUGAUUGAUGGGGAGCUAUUUUACCGUGUGAAUACCAAGACGCUGAAGAAGGUCAAGGUCAUAUUUCACAAGCCAAUCAAGGGAAGGUCCGUACAGAAAGAGGAGGUGAAAGAUGGUGCGAGGAACCAUGACAACGGGGAGUGGUACGAAGAUGAUACAGCUGCCGCAGAAAAAGAAAACAUGGAUAUUUCCCUUCUAGAAGAACAACCACGUAACAAGUCCAUGAAUAAAAUGAAAAUAUCAUUGAAGAAAAAGGCGAAAGGGAGGUUCAUGACUUUGAAUGAGAUGGCAGAAUCUCCUCAAAAAGGGUCUAUAUCAGGAUCACCACCAAGGUCCGAGGCACAAAAGUCCAUUACACCUAACAAGGAAUUGACCAGUCAAGCCACAGCAUCUAAUGAAGGGGCAGGACAGAGAAGAGGCGUGGCCACCUCCUUAUUUGGUGUCAUAGACGAUACAUCCUCCUCAAUCCAAAGAAAACAUAUUUUACCACAAGACUUACCAGUUACUGGAACUGCAGUCAUUCCUGACCAAAGACUAGCUAACCCAAGAAGUCUGUGUGAGGGGCAGGGAAUCAGUAAAGACUCCUCAGUUAUGCAGCAGGGUAGUGUGACUUUACCUGUUCAGUCAGCCCCGAUCUUGGAGUCGGAUAGUUCAAGGUUACUUGCUCAGACAGUGAAGGCCUUCGAGUCUAGUGGUAUGAGGCUACCAGUUCAGCUAGCACAGACCUCUGAACCCGCUUGUAUUGUGUUACCCGCUAAGGUAUCUGAAAAUCGGACAUUUCAGGGAAACGGUACAGAGGCAGGUAUCAGACAUUUUUCUACAGAGACUAUGACGAGCACUGUUCCUGGUCCCAGUGUGAGUACACACACCUAUUGUGAGGACACAAGUCUGAAGUCUUCUUCAUCAAGCUCGUCACUCCCCAACAAUCUGGAUUUGAUGACGGAGGAUGCCAGUCUGUCCCCUCAGAAGCGUCUGACCCCUGCAGUGAACCUGCUACGACAUGCGGGGGAGUUUGGUUCUCCAUCCAAGGACAGCACCUGCUCAGACAUCCUAGCCAAGGCAGUGAAGGCUGCCAUGAUAGGACAAGGAGAUGUCACCAUGGACACGACACUGAUGGACGGUAGGGGCAACACCAGAGGGAGCUCUAGUAUACUGGCCAAAGCUUUCAGUGAGGCCAUGAUUGGGCAGGGUGAUUCUUCUAUGGACUGCUCCUUCCUGACUACGUCUACAAGUGCUUCACAACCAAAUCUGAACCUGGAACUGUCAUCAAAUAGUGCUUUCUCUAUGGUCAGUUGUCCUAGACCAGAGGACAGCCAGAAAACUGGUCAGUUAUUACGUCCGGGUGCUACAGGAUCAGAUAGGUCUGGCGUGCAGAGAGAUGAUAAACUGAGGAAGGGUUUUACAGGAUGUGUAAGUGAAUUUGAUGUUGCAAUGGAGAGUAUGCCAAACGUUAGCACUGACCAGUCCAGAAAUACGGACAGUGCUGGACAAGCACUAACCAGCAGACACAUCAAUGCAUCCAUGGAUAAAACUAGUGGUGACAUAGUAAAUGUGUCCACACCACAGCUAGGUACAUGUCAAGCAUCAUCAUCACCACCUUCUACAACAGAGACUGAUGAAGCAGACUCUGUGAAAACAAACACAUCUUGUGUGUCCAGCUCUGAUGAAGGAUCAAGAAGUCAAGACUGGUCAAAAGAAACAGACAGAAAAAUUCUAGAGCAUGUGAAGGAAUGUGGCACAUCCCCUCGAACAUUUGACGAGUUAGCUAAACAGAUGGGGAACAAGACUGGCACACAGGUUUUAAAGAGAUUUCAACACAUGCUGGAGUUACUUGGGCAAGAGACUGCCAGUGACAACGACACUAGUUCCUCCAGUCGGUCAUCGGAGCUACAGUAGACUGCCACAACACAAGUUCCUCCUGUUGGUCAUCAGAGCUACAGUAGACGGCCAAGACAACACACGUUCCUCCUGUUGAUCAUCAGAGCUACAGUAGACGGCCAAGACAACACAAGUUCCUCCAGUUGGUCAUCAGAGCUACGGUAGACGGCCAAGACAAUACAUGUUCCUACUGUUGGUCAUUAGAGCUACAGUACACGGCCAAGACAAUACAUGUUCCUCCUGUUGGACAUCAGAGCUACAGUAGACGGCCAAGACAAUACACGUUCCUCCUGUUGAUCAUCAGAGCUACAUUAGACGGCCAAGACAAUACAUGUUCCUCCUGUUGGUCAUUAGAGCUACAGUACACGGCCAAGACAAUACAUGUUCCUCCUGUUGAUCAUCAGAGCUACAGUAGACGGCCAAGACAACACAAGUUCCUCCAGUUGGUCAUCAGAGCUACAGUAGACGGCCAAGACAAUACAUGUUCCUCCAGUUGGUCAUCAGAGCUACAGUAGACGGCCAAGACAAUACAUGUUCCUCCAGUUGGUCAUCAGAGCUACAGUAGACGGCCAAGACAAUACAUGUUCCUCCAGUUGGUCAUCAGAGCUACAGUAGACGGCCAAGACAAUACAUGUUCCUCCAGUUGGUCAUCAGAGCUACAGUAGACGGCCAAGACAAUACAUGUUCCUCCAGUUGGUCAUCAGAGCUACAGUAGACGGCCAAGACAAUACAUGUUCCUCCAGUUGGUCAUCAGAGCUACAGUAGACGGCCAAGACAAUACAUGUUCCUCCAGUUGGUCAUCAGAGCUACAGUAGACGGCCAAGACAAUACAUGUUCCUCCAGUUGGUCAUCAGAGCUACAGUAGACGGCCAAGACAAUACAUGUUCCUCCAGUUGGUCAUCAGAGCUACAGUAGACGGCCAAGACAAUACAUGUUCCUCCAGUUGGUCAUCAGAGCUACAGUAGACGGCCAAGACAAUACAUGUUCCUCCAGUUGGUCAUCAGAGCUACAGUAGACGGCCAAGACAAUACAUGUUCCUCCAGUUGGUCAUCAGAGCUACAGUAGACGGCCAAGACAAUACAUGUUCCUCCAGUUGGUCAUCAGAGCUACAGUAGACUGGCUCGAUAACACAAGUUCCACUGGUCUGUCCUCAGACCUCAAUUUGACUACCUAGACAACUCAAGUACCGUUAGACUAUUCUCAUAGCUGCAGUAUACUGUCAUCCCAACAGCCACCGUACCUUUCUAGUCAGUUCUGCGAGCUGCAAUUACACUGUGCAUGUAGCUAGAGAAUAACAAUAUUUUAUAGUGGACACAAGGUUCUGAAAUCCAGAUAUUAUUGUUUUUAUUUAUUUUUGUAGCAUUAAGGUACAUGUUUUAAGUAAAAUCAUUGUUGGUUGAUAUUUAAGCGAGAUUUGCUAUCAUACCAGCAGUGUAAUUCAUUAAUGAGAUUAAUUGUAAAGAUCGCGAAGGAAAAUGUGUUCAGUUUUUAACUUGUGGUAAAUUGUAGUUUAUUUUGUUGACAAUCAUGGCUAGACGUAUUGCCGCUGCUUUAAUGGUAGAAGUGUCCGAGAUUGUUUUGUUAUACCGUUUGUAUUAUCGGGAGUCAAGUACUUGCUGUACUCAAACUCAAUGAAAUAAUGUAAAAAAAAAAAACACCAUAAAAAUAAUAAAAUAUUGUCAAAAC